UUUUAUUUAAUAAUUUUUGUUAUUUGUAAUUAAUUUAUAACUAGUCGUUAGAUAACCCAUUUUUCACACCUACGACUACAAAACUGUUAGAUUAAAAUUAAAUAUUCUGACUAUCGAAUCUUCCACAUCUUCUCUAAACAUUCUGUAAAUUUACAUUACAUUUAUCCUUUAUUUGGUUAUUUCACUAUAACUUCAUUUCAUUCACUCUAAAUCUACCAACUAACCUGUACAAUAUUAUUGUUUUACUUGUAAUCAGAGUAUAUCAGGAUUAAAAUGGCUGUUUUAAAGCGAAUAAUUCCUGAAUCUCAACUUCCUUCCUUGAAGGAUUAUACAUUUAAACCCGGAAACUUCACGUUUCUCGAUAAUUUAAUGCUCAAAUACUACUGGGAUCCAGUAGUUAAAAUCCUUCCAAAAUGGAUAUCGGCGAAUCUGUUAACCUUGUUUGGAGGAUUGUGUGUUUUUAUAAUGAAUUGUUUGGUAUUUUACUAUGUACCCAAUUUUAAAGCUAAAUCUGUUCCGAAAUGGACUUCACUAAUUAGUUCUUUUCUCGUCUUCUUUUAUACGACGUUUGAUGGAAUUGACGGUAUACAAGCUAGAAGAUUAGGCUUGGCUUCACCCCUGGGACAGCUUUUAGACCACGGAACUGAUGCAUUGGUCUGUUCCUUUUUCUGCUAUUUCACAUUCUUAGUUAAGCCUACAGGAUUCUCUCACCUUAACACAUUGAUAAACAUAUCGGCUUUGUGUAAUGCAGCAGCAGUGAAUUGGCAAGAGGAGACCUUCGGAACAUUUUCAUACACUAACAGUUUCUUCAUUUUUGGAGUUUCAGAACCACUAUUAGCUGUGGUGUUGAUAUUGAUGCUUGACUAUCUUUUCCCGAGCUUCUGGUUGUCUCCAGUUUCUAAAUUCCUGACAAAGCAUAAGUCACUCCGAUUUUUGCUCAAAAUGUUACCCAAAAAUUUGGAUUUCUUCACGUCAUUUCUAUAUUUUGCGUUAUCAAUAUCAUUUUUUACAUUCUUUGGAUUCCCAUAUGAAAUGUACAAGUUACACAAGAGUCUAAAAAAAACUCUAAAGUUAACAUUAUAUUUGUUGUUUAAUUGUGUAUUUCCAACGUUGUUGACUGAUUUUUUGCCUGCUAAAUUGCAUGUUUCCUACUCGCUUUUUGCGUCCACUUUGGGAGGAUUCGGAAUAAUUUUCAUAAUUAUCUCGAACCUGAGACGCUCAGAAAGAGUCCUGUUUUACCCAGAGUUCUAUUUCCAUUACAUGGUAGUCGUAGUAGGAUAUCUACUGGUUUUGGGAAGAGUUCUGUUUGACCUGAGACUCGACGCUUUGGUGUUCAACAGCCCAUAUUCACAGAAUUUUCUGGUCUUCUUGACACUCUUAGGCACGGUGCUUUCCCUCACAAAGGCUGUGCGUGUACUAUAUGAAAUCAAGACAUAUUUGGGUCUACCCUUCUUCACCACUAAAAGACCUGAAAAUAGGUCAAGUUAAUCUAAUGCCAGUUUA